UGGUUCGCCAAUGAUUCUGGGCAGCACUCAGAUAAAAUGCGUACGAUUUUAUCAGCUUUUAAUACUGUGUUUGUCGUUUCAAAGGCCCCCGGGAAGCUCUGUACACGUCCGUUAUGGAGUUGAAUGGCUACCACUGUGAUGGGGAGGGUUGUGGGGAAGCCGAAGAUGAGGACACAACGGGGCCGAUGCAGGUCCGCUCGGUGGUCGAGGCGCCAUGUAGCUUGGCUGCUGCCGAGAGUAUGGAGAAGGCUGCGGCCGGUGGACCCGCCCACAGAGAGCGGAGGAUAUCUAACUCGACCUCGGCGAGACAGAGGACCGACUCGCUGAGGAAAAACAGGCCGCCUUUCCCAUGGUUUGGCAUGGAUAUAGGUGGUACACUGGUUAAGCUGGUCUACUUUGAGCCCAAAGACAUCACAGCAGAGGAAGAGCUGGAGGAGGUUGAGAGUCUGAAAAGCAUCCGUCGUUACCUCACCUCACACACAGCCUAUGGCAAAACGGGCAUAAGAGAUGUGCAUCUGGAGCUGCCAGACCUCACCUUGUGGGGCCGCAGGGGCUGUAUGCACUUCAUCCGCUUCCCAACCCAUGAGCUCCCCGCUUUCCUGCAGAUGGGCCGGGACAAACACUUUUCCAGCCUGCACACCACACUCUGCGCCACCGGCGGUGGGGCAUACAAGUUUGAGGCCGACUUCCGCACAAUGGCAAACCUGCAGUUGCUGAAGCUGGAUGAGUUGGACUGUCUGAUUAAGGGUGUCCUGUACAUCGACUCAGUUGUCUCAGUUGGACCUCCUGAGUGUUACUAUUAUGAGAACCCUACAGACCCAGAGCGCUGCCAGCAAAAAGCCUACAAUCUGGAGAAUCCUUACCCUCUGCUGCUGGUGAACAUCGGCUCAGGGGUCAGCAUUCUGGCCGUCUACUCCAAAGACAACUACAAACGUGUCACAGGCACCAGCUUGGGUGGUGGUACUUUCCUGGGCCUGUGCUGUUUGCUGACUGGCUGCUCCACCUUUGAAGAUGCAUUGGAAAUGGCCUCAAAGGGGGAAAGCACUCGUGUGGACAAGCUGGUUAGAGAUAUCUACGGGGGUGACUAUGAAAGAUUUGGAUUGCCAGGAUGGGCAGUGGCCUCUAGUUUUGGGAACAUGAUGUGCAAGGAGAAGAGAGAUUCUGUCUCAAAAGAAGACCUGGCCAGAGCUACACUUGUUACUAUAACAAACAACAUUGGUUCAAUCACACGCAUGUGUGCACUUAACGAGAACAUUGAGAGAGUGGUGUUUGUUGGGAACUUCUUGCGGGUGAAUACGUUAUCCAUGAAGUUGUUGGCUUAUGCUUUGGACUACUGGAGUAAAGGACAACUCAAAGCUCUGUUCCUUAGACAUGAGGGAUAUUUUGGUGCUGUCGGAGCACUGUUGGAAUUGUCGAAUUCAGCCUGAUCAUCACAGAUCAUUGUAAACACCUCAGGUCAUCGCUCCUACCAAAAAUCCCAGUAACUUUGGAAGUUUACCACAGAUGCCUUUAGUGACUGACCAUGAGGAUAUGUAAUCUUUAUCAUUAAUGAAAUCUAAUAUUUCUCCUUCAUGUCCUAAGCCAUGUGUAGCUUAGUCAUGUCUAGCUCUGUUUGUUAGGAGAUGCUGCAUGUAAAACUCAGGUGUAUGUUACAUCCUUUGGCCAUGUCUUUUGGAUCUGUAUGGCCAACUGCCUACAUUGUGAGCUUGGUUAUUAGCACUAGUCAGCAAGAUUCACUUUAUAGCCUUUAUUCUUUAGCCACAAACAACUUUUAUUGCAGUCUGUCCUAACGUUUUUUUAAAGCCAUGUUAGUACAAAAUGGCUUUACAAAGGAACACAUGCUGUGUUAUAAUUGUUACACAGUUAUAAUACCUUGCAUAUGCAUCAGAUCAACUUAUUCUCAUACAUCAACUCUUGAAUAAGAGCUCAAAGAGACCAAGUCAGGCCAGUCAAUACUUUGUUUAUAGCGAGGCCCAUAAAUGAGACAAUGUUUCAUAUGCUCAGAAGGCAUUCAUACGGACCUUUUAUAUUUGUAGGUUUCUUUUUCUUCAACUUCGGAAUGUAAAUGUUUGAGUUUGAGAUACAUUUACAGUUAUUUUUGUUGUAGUCUUUUAAGUAUGGAACACAGCCAGUUCAACCAUAAGACCAUUCAUGCUUCUCAAUUGUAUAUUCAUUAGUUUUCCAGAAAGGGCUGUACUGUUUUUUUUUUGUUGUUUUUUUUUGUUUUUUUUUGUUUUUCUUUGUUUUUUGUUUUUUUUCCUCAUCAGUACAUACUAACGCACUAAAUAUGUUUCGACAUAUCACAGUGGAAACCCAAAAAUAACAAUAUACCGAUUUAAAAUGUAGAGGUGAACGUUAUCAAGUUUUUCUCACUGUAAACCUGUGAUUUGCACCUAACUGGGGGGAAAAACACUUGUAGCUGUGUUUGAUUACAGCUUUAGCUUUAAUUCACGAUAGAUUUAAAAUGUUUUCUCAAGAAGACGGUACCAGGGUUGUGGUCCAGCUGUUUGUUUCAAAUUUGGUUAUGAUUUUACCUCACAGUGCUGAUCAGCCCACUGUUGUCAGUUCCUUCAUUUAAUUCCUGAAACCAUUGGAAAGGUUGCUUUUUGUUUUAAAUUGUGCUUGAUGUGAUGUAAAAUACAGUCUUUAUACAGUCAUUAUACUUCAGUUAUUGUUGUUAUAGGUAGCCUUAAAAGUGCCUGAGUAAGAGACAAUCUUGUUAGAUAUAUUUGUCCAUCUUUAGAGGUACUUAGAGUACAAACCAGAACCACCUUUGUACUUUUUUCCAUGUCUGUUUUUUUUGUUUUUGUUUUUGUUUUUUUGUGUGUGUGUGUGUUUGUUUGUUUUUUUUUGUUUGUUUUGUUUGGGGUUUUUUUUGUUUUUUUGUAAUAAACUUUUUAAAAAUAUGUUCUGGGCUCCUCAUAUUU